AAUUGUGGCAAAUGUUUAUUUACCGUUAAUAAAAUGUUUUAUUGAUCCUUUGGCUUGGAUAUAUCCAUAGUAGCUUUAAUCGUGAAGCCAGUUUGUUAUGAUUAUAAUGCAGAUAGUUAAACCUAAAACAAAUCAGCGGCCGCUGUUGGUUCCUGCUGACCUAACGGAGAUGAGCGGCCCUGCCGGAGCGAGGCGGCACAGCUGCAGCGGCGCAUGGUCGGUUCAAGCUCCCGCUCCGCGUUCCCGGAACUGUCCCUCGGUUCAGUGGUCUGCUGCGCUGUGGAUUGUGGGUGUUGAGGACAUCGCCUGGGCUUGUUUCCUUUACCCGACCCGACAGAUCCGCCAGAUCCGCGUCCUCUGCGCGUACUUACAUAAGCUGGGCCAUAAUGUCUAGCAGAGGAGGAAAGAAGAAGACCACAAAGACAUCCAGGUCUACCAAGGCUGGGGUGAUCUUCCCUGUGGGUAGGAUGUUGCGAUACAUUAAGAGGGGUCUCCCCAAGUACAGGAUCGGUGUGGGAGCACCUGUCUACAUGGCAGCUGUGCUGGAGUAUCUGACCGCUGAAAUUCUGGAGCUGGCUGGUAAUGCAGCCCGAGACAACAAGAAAGGACGUGUAACUCCCAGACAUAUACUACUAGCCGUUGCCAACGAUGAAGAACUCAAUCAGCUGUUGAAGGGGGUGACCAUUGCAGCAGGUGGAGUUUUGCCCAAUAUCCACCCAGAGUUGCUAGCAAAGAAACGAGGCUCCAAGGGCAAGCUGGAGGCUGUCAUCACUCCUCCACCAGCCAAGAAAACCAAAACCACCAAAAAAGCAUCAACAGGCAAGAAACCUGGUACCAAAAAGUCAUCAAGAUCUAAGAAGCAGGGUGAAGUUAGCAAGGCUGCGAGUGCAGACAGCACCACAGAGGGCUCCCCCGCUGACGGCUUCACUGUCCUCUCCACCAAGAGCCUCUUCCUGGGACAGAAGCUCAAUCUUAUUCACAGCGAGAUCAGUAACUUGGCUGGCUUUGACGUGGAAGGGGUUAUCAAUCCAACCAAUGCUGACAUUGACCUUAAAGAUGAUCUAGGCAGUGCCUUGGAGAAGAAGGGAGGGAAGGAGUUUGGUGAAGCAGUGUUGGAAGUGCGCAAGAAGAACGGCCCCCUGGAGGUGGCUGGGGCUGUCCUGACCUCUGGUUAUGGGCUCCCUGCUAAGUUUGUCAUCCACUGCAACAGUCCUGGCUGGGGCUCAGACAAGUGUGAGGAGCUACUGGAUAAGACAGUGAAGAACUGUCUGGCUCUGGCUGACGAGAAGAAACUGAAAUCUGUGGCAUUCCCGUCCAUCGGCAGUGGCAGGUGGUGUCAAUGCAGUAUCUUUUGGGCAACACCGCCCAGGUGCUGAGGUCGCGGGGCUGUGCUGGUGUCAGGAGGGGGUCGGGCUCCUAGCCGCAGGGACCUCCUGGAAGGACGCCGGUCUGAGGUGUAAUCCCUAGGAAAUGCAUACAGGUCUUUCCUUUCUCUGCAAACUGGAAGCAUCUGUUGAACCUUCCCAGCAGCCCUAGUGAACAAGCAUGGAGGGAGGGGCUGAAUACAGUAACACAAACAGCACAGAAGAUGGUAAGUAUCUGUUCAUCAAAGCCUUACCCAGCAUGCGUGGAAUGUAAUAUGUCCCUCGUUAGAAGCAGAACAUGGGCACAGUGAGUAUGCACUCACUCCCUCUGCUGACUACACCACCCCCUCACUAAUCCCCUAGGAGUGUGGUGAUUGACUUUAUCCCCUCACUCAUUUCAGGCGAAGCUUAAACGUCUGUUUACAGAAAGCAAAAUCCAGGAUGUGAUAGAGUUGAUUUUUUUGGGGCUUCAUGUUUUUGUCGUUGCCUAAAGCUCAUUGCAGUUACAAAGUGGGUUGGAAGAGCUGAAUCCAGAGUGGAAGUCUGUAGAACAGGGUAGAGUGUAGACGUAAUCCCUCACAGAAAAGUAAAAUGUACUGGAGUCAGGAUGAAACUCAUUUAAACUAUAUCCAGCCUGAAAUUACAAGAUGCAGACCAUUCAUGUUAAUGUCUAACAUUAAAUGGGAAAUGUAUAUCACUCGAUGACAGACAACCAAUAAAACCACUUCACCUUUCUUCCACAGUUCUGUAAGUAUUUGAAAGCAUUUUCCUUGAAGAUCACAUCUCUUGCUUGGUCAGUUUCAUAGUUCCAUACCUACCGUGAUGUACUGCAGUCCACCGAGUGCUGACCCAGUCCCACCGUGCAGAGGCUGGUGAGGGUGUAGCAGUCCUGCCUCUCACCACACCACAUUGUAGACUGGAGACCACAGGGCUCCUGGGAGUCAGUUGGCUUGCCUUUGAUGGCUUGAUUCUGUGGCUCAGAAGAGUAAAUUGAAUGCAAUCCCAGCCAGGCCUGAGUUGCAGCAGAGAGUAAUACUGAUUUAUUUCUAUUGUGUUUCAGAGGAGCUCAGAUCCCCCACUCUCCAGACACUUGAGGAGAGUCUAUCAGCACAAUCAGAAGAGCACUAGGAGACUGUGGGGGAAUUACUGGCCUUUUGGUGGACUUUUGGCAAAGAUUUUGGAUUUUGGUGGGAUUUUACCAAGAUGUUCUGAAGUAGACCCUCCCAUGGGGCCCGAUGAUCUGUGCAUUAGAUCGAAUUGUAUCCUAUGAGGAUACAAUUCGACAUACCUGCUUAGUGUGAAUAAAAGCAUAUCUGCUUAUUGUA